UGUUUUGCCAACGAAAAUGGAAAACCCAAACAGCCUGAAAGAGAGACUCAUUUUCAAGCACCAGAGUCCAGACAUCACGCAUUACCAUACAAAAAAAUAAUUCGAUGCAGUGUAAACAAACUCACGACACGUGUCCAUCACCUUCUUCCCCUCUCUCUGCCUUAGUUUUAAUGCUUCACCCACUCAAAUCCGCUGGUAACUGAGUCGACUUGGACUGGUUAAUCGGCGAGUUACUCGCCGAGUUACUGUUUUCAAAGUGGAGAGAAGAUAAAGAAAAAAGAGGCGUUAACACUGGCGGUAAUGAGAGGGACGUUAUUGGCUAACCGUCGCGGGGUGCAGAGAUUCCGGCAACUCGCGAUCACAGCCAUUAAAUCGUCGAAGAUCAAGCUCCUUCUCCUAUGUUGCAUCGCGUUUACGGUACUCGUGGUCGGUACCCGCGCGUCCGAUUUUAUGGGAGGGACUAAUUACAGCGAUUCUGUUGAUCAGUUUCCUCUUCCAGAGAAAGGAUAUGCUAUCGUAAUGAACACAUGGAAAAGAUAUGAUCUGUUGAAGCAAUCCAUUUCUCAUUAUUCAUCAUGUGCAGGGCUCAAAUCUAUACAUAUUGUGUGGAGUGAGCCCAAUCCUCCUUCAGAUUCUCUUUCCAAAUUUCUAAACCAUGUGGUAGAAUCGAAAACUAAAGGGCUGAAGAAAAUCAAAUUGAGUUUUGAUAUCAACAAGGAAGACAGUUUGAACAAUAGAUUCAAAGAAAUAUCUGGAUUGAAGACAGAUGCUGUUUUUUCGAUCGAUGAUGAUGUUAUAUUUCCUUGUUCCUCUGUGGAGUUUGCUUUCAAGGUUUGGCAAAGUGCCCCAGAUGCAAUGGUGGGGUUUGUUCCUCGUGCCCAUUGGGUUGAUAAAUCGCAAGGAAAAAAGGAUUACUAUACAUAUGGUGGAUGGUGGUCUGUGUGGUGGACAGGCACUUACAGUAUGGUACUCUCAAAAGCAGCUUUUUUCAACAAGAAGUAUCUUAGGCUGUACACAAAUGAGAUGCCAGCAUCAAUCAAAGAAUUUGUGACCAAGAAUAGAAAUUGUGAAGAUAUUGCGAUGUCUUUUCUUGUUGCAAAUGCAACUGGUGCCCCCCCUAUCUGGGUGAAAGUUCCAUUUCAGGGUUUACUGUUCUAAGGGUCCAAUCAAGGAGAAUGAUGCAAACUGUGCAUGACACUUCCAGGUUUUAAUAACAUGACUUGGACAUUAGUUGGUUUCUCUCUUGAGCCUUAGACCCAAGGUUGACUGAUGAAAGUACCUAGCUUUUAAAAUAUCAUGUCUUCUGGUAUAACAUGGUUUUUGUAACUUGUUCCGUGUAUAAGGUGUGCCUGCUGUGCUCACUAUUCAUCAUACCUCUGAUGAAAUUUCAAUUCCAAAUUGUAAAUUUUGUACGAAAAUACUGAAAUUUGUUGUGGUCGGGCAUGGUUGAGAAAUGGAGCUUUAGGUCUGGUAUACAGGAGUUGUAUCAUUUUUACAUAUCCACAGGAAACUUUAGGAACUUUGUUUCUCUAUGGGUGGGAUGUAAGAAAUAGGAGAAGCAUGAUACUGGGGCAACUUUAUUUCCACUCUGUGAACACCAUUGUUUCCUUCCCAAACCCCAAAUAAGCCCUACUGCUCCGUUUUGGUAACUAUCAUUUAUCAAUAAGCAGCACAUCUUGGUGAAUGCUAGAACUGUGCGCCAGUUAUGAUCUGGAUUUCUGUUCAAGACACAUUCUGUCAAAUUGUGUAAAAUUUACCUUUUCAAUAUUUCUGAACCUUUUCUAUUAUUGGAAUCAGCAACAAGGGAGAAGAAAUUCCCCCCACCUGUUGCAUCCUUAAAAA